GAAGGCGAUGGGCGCCUGUACAAAAUGGAAGUGGAUUAUACGAAGCAAACCGAUGAGGCCCUAGAAAAAGCUGCUGCAAUUGCGAAGACCGGCAAUGUUGCUGCCGCACUGGAUUCAUUGGCAAGUUUGGAGAAAUCAACACGACUUGGCUCAGAUAUGAAAUCGAAUACACGUAUUGUCCAGCAAAUGCCGCGAACAAAGAAGGAAUUUCAGGUACGUAGUUGUUGUGAUAUGAUCGAUAAAACACCAAAUGAGCAAGUCCGAAACAAACUGAUUGAAACAUUGAGAAAUGUCACUGCUGGAAAGAUAUACGUAGAAGUGGAAAGAGCUCGGCUGACCAGUCGUCUUGUGAAGAAACUGGAAUCAGAAGGUAAGCUUGAAGAAGCAACAACAAUGCUGCUUGAACUGCAAGUUGAAACUUAUGGCUCAAUGGAGCUCAAGGAAAAAGUCGAAUUUAUCCUGGAACAAAUGCGUUUGUGUGUGCAGAAAAACGAUUUUAUCCGUGCUUCAAUUUUAUCCAAAAAAAUUUCAACGCGCUUUUUUGAGGAUAAAUCAGAAUCGGUGCAAGAACUGAAGCUAAAAUAUUAUGAGCUAAUGAUCAAAAUAGGUUUGCACGAAAGUGCCUAUUUGAAUGUAUGCCGCCACUACAGAGCUGUUUUCGAUACACCCUGUAUACAAGCUGAUCCAGAAAAAACGAAACAGACACUAAAAUGCAUAGUACUCUAUGUUUUACUUGCACCACAUAACAACGAACAAUGGGAUUUACUACAUCACAUUCAUGAGGAUCGAAAACUGGAACUUAUACCUGAAUAUAAUCUCCUUCUCGAAUUAUUCAUCAACCAGGAAUUGAUCUCAUGGAAGGUGUGUAAAUAUUCAUUUUCACUUUUUUUGGUACUAUAG